AUGCGGCUUUUGGCAGGAUUUGGUACGAUGGCUUUCGCUGCAGGUGAGACAUACCGUGGUGUCACCAAUGUGGUGUUUGACGAUGUCAACCCAGCUUUUGGGAUCCUUCGAGGGCACAUAAGUUGGACACCUCCAUCCGACAUGACAGAUGUUGACGGCUACCGGCUUCUGAUCACGACGAGUGCUGACGGCGGGAUUGUCGAGGGUGGGACUCCGGAUCUUACGAGGUUUCGAGAACUGGAGCAUCCAGGCCUCGGGGGAUUUCUUCCUCGAACUUACACCAACUUCACGCUUGCAGACACUCGGCGCCAGGCCCUGAUUUCUAUCCCUGGCAUCACGCCCCCACGCUACCUGCAAGUUUACACCAUCAUCGAUGGACAGUGGCAAUACGCUUCUGAGCUUGCGCCUUCUGCCAUCAUCCCGAUCUAUGACAGCGGCGGGAGCUUUUCCACCCUCCCAUUUGAGACGCAGCACGUGGUGUUUGCAGACGCAGAUCCUCGCUGUGGGUACGUUGGAGGAGGCCUUUCGUUCGUGGUCCCCUCCGAUGCUGACUUCACUUACAUCAGCUCCUGGAGAGUUUAUUUUGCAGAGGAUUCCAUGGGCACGAAUCCGACAUCCGCCGUAGAGCUGCCGGUCGCACUCAGCAACUUCAUCAAUGUUUCUGACUACAUCGGGUCUCGGUCAGUGCUAAUUAUUGCCGGCGCCACUGACACUGGAGACAUCAGGCUGCCCAUAGCCAUAGAUGAGGCAUGCAAUAACACGACAAUCACUCCAAGCUCCUCCCCUGGGUCUCCCCUCACGCCCCUCCAAAGGAGGCACCUCGGAGAGUCAAACGCGACGAUCGCCGCCGUUCCCCAGGUUGAGUGGCUCUUGGCCUCUGGAGUUGCUCCGCCUGAGCGGUCCAGCCAAGCGUCUGCCGUGGAUGAUGGCCGAUUCUGGGUUUUCGGAGGAGCCGAAUACGAGGGCAGGGCCACGAGUGACACGACGAACGACUUGUGGUACUUCGGUUCUGAGCUCCAGAGCUCCACCACGACCAUCACGAUAACUACCAGUCUGUCAAGCACGACUUGGGUGGACGCUGUUGCAUGGUUCCAGGUCGAAUCCGGUCCCGCUGAGCGGUACAGCCAUGCGUCCGCCAUGGAGGGCGGCCGAUUCUGGGUGUUCGGAGGCACCGACCAUUCGGGCAGGGAGAAGAGUGACCUCUGGCACUACACCGUUGAGGCCGCCUGGACGCUGGUGGAUGCUGGCUCCGGGCCCUCCGCGCGUUGGCUGCACUCCGCUGCCGCGGCCGCAGGGCGCUUCUGGAUCUUCGGAGGCUUUCAGCAGCUCACCUUCUCGGUCUUUGGGGACCUGUGGUAUUUCGAAGAUCAGGCCUGGACGGAGGUGGCGCUCGGCUCGGGGCCCUCCCCGCGCUUUGGCCACGUCUCGGCCAUGGCGCUGAACCGCUUCUGGGUCUUCGGAGGGAACGACUUCCGUGUCGAGGGCCUCAAUGACCUCUGGUACUUCACGCCAGAUGUGGGCUGGACGAGCCUCCCUUCUUCGGGGACCUGGCCCUCGGCGCGCCAAGCCGGUGCCGCGGAAGCGGACUCUUCCGGGCGGUUCUGGAUCUUCGGAGGUGAGAACGCGCCCUUCAACGCGCCCUUCAUGCGCAAUGAUCUCUGGCACUACACGGUGGAGGCAAAUUGGACUCUGGUGGAUGCUGGCUCCGGCUUCGCACCCUCCGUGCGAGCCGGCUGCACUUCCGCCAUGGACGCGGCCGGACGCCUCUGGCUCUUCGGAGGUCAUGAUUACUUCGCGGUGCUCGACGAUCUCUGGUACUUUGCGGAGGCCUGGAUACAGGCUGACAGCCCUGGCCUUUGGCCUCCUGCACGAUUCGUGCAUUCCUCGGCCAUGGACGCCUCCGGCCGCUUUUGGCUCUUCGGAGGCCCUGAAGCCAGGAAAGUUGCCAUGAUGCGGAUGCGGUAA